UUUAUUAAUUAUGAAAUCCCUAUUUUCAUGCAAAUCACGUGCAUGCCACGUGACCUAAAGUUCUCCAGUCUUCUGUUGGAAGUCUUCAAACUAAUAAGAGACUUCAACUUCCAACAAAUCCCACCUUAAAUUUCCAGAAAAUCACCAAAAUGUCCUCCGCCAUCAACCGCCGUCUUGCGCCACCACCACCAGCACCGGUGCCUGUCUCCGGAUCCGAUACUGACUCAGAUUCCGACACUGGAUCCGACCCCCACAAUCGCCAUGCAGAUCUCUCGAAUUCCAUCUUCAAAUCCUACCUUGACUGCCACCAAUCCUCAUCCUCAUCAACUUCCGUAGGCCUCUCCAAAAUCCAGUCUUUCCUCGCAUCGUCUUCGUCCGGCGCUCUAUCCUGCCUGAUAUGCCUCGAGCGCAUCAAGCGUCCGGAACCCACCUGGUCUUGUUCUUCACUCUGCUUCGCGGUCUUCCACCUUGUCUGCAUCCAGUCCUGGUCUCGCCAGUCGUGCGAUCUCCACGCCGCACGGGCCGCCAUUCGGCUCCCUAUUUCCGCGGAGAAAGCCACCGAGUCUGCCAUCUGGAACUGUCCCAAAUGCAGAUCCCCAUAUACUAGAUCGCAAAUCCCGAGGAAAUAUCUUUGUUUCUGCGGAAAACUCGAAGACCCACCCAGCGACAACCCCUGGAUCCUGCCCCAUUCCUGCGGCGAAGUCUGCGAGCGUCCCUUGAGCAACAACUGUGGACAUUUCUGCUUGCUACUCUGCCACCCGGGUCCUUGUCCGUCGUGCCCAAAACUGGUGAAAGCCCGCUGCUUUUGUGGGUUUGUCGAGGAUGUUCGACGAUGUGGAUUCAAGGAUUUCUCCUGCAACAAUCAUUGUCGCAGAAUUCUAGACUGUAAAAUCCACAAGUGCACAGAAAUCUGUCACGACGGCUCGUGCCCGCCGUGCAAGGCACGUGGGGUGUAUAGUUGCCAAUGCGGUAAGGUGAAGGAGGAGAGGGAUUGUUGGAAUAGGGUUUUUAGGUGUGAGAACCCAUGUGAAAAUUUGCUUGGUUGUGGCAAGCAUGUCUGUGAGAGAGGCUGUCACUCGGGCGACUGUGGAGAUUGUCCUCUUCAAGGAAAGAGGACAUGCCCAUGUGGGAAGAGACUCCAUGAGGGAAUUUCAUGCGAUGUUGCCGUGCCACUAUGCGGCGCCACCUGUGAUAAGAUGCUGGGCUGUGGCUUCCACAAGUGUCCAGAGAGGUGCCAUAGAGGACCCUGCAUUGAGACCUGCAGGACUGUCGUUAUGAAGUCUUGCAGGUGUGGAGGAUUGAAGAAACAGGUUCCUUGCUAUCAAGAUUUGACGUGUGACAGGAAGUGUCAGCGAAUGAGAGAUUGCGGACGCCAUGCCUGUAAGAGAAAAUGCUGUGAUGGGGACUGUCCGCCUUGUGCCGAGGUUUGUGGGAGGAGGCUUCGGUGCAAGAACCAUAAAUGCCCUGCCCCUUGCCACCAAGGUUCUUGUGCUCCCUGUCCACUGAUGGUGACAAUUUCGUGUGCAUGUGGCGAGACACAUUUCGAGGUUCCCUGCGGCACAGAGAUGGAUCAAAAGCCUCCUAGAUGUCGCAAAUUAUGCCCUAUAGCUCCUCUGUGCAGGCAUGGAUCAAGUAUCAAGCCACAUAAAUGCCAUUAUGGAGCUUGCCCAACUUGCAAGUUGCCUUGUGAUGAAGAAUACCCUUGUGGCCACAAGUGUCAAUUAAGAUGUCAUGGCCCUAGACCUCCACCUAAUCCAGAAUUCACUUUGAAACCAAAGAAAAAGAAAUUCAAUCAUCAGAACGAAUGUACUCCUGGUUCUUCGUGUCCUCCUUGUCCAGAACUUGGUUGGAGGUCAUGUGUUGGUCAGCAUCUCGGGGCAGAGAGGAUGAUGGUUUGCUCAGAUAGAUCAAUGUUUUCCUGUGAUAACUUGUGCGGAAAUCUUCUUCUUUGUGGAAAUCACUAUUGCACAAAGACUUGCCAUGCCUUAAAUAACCAAUCAUCAUCUUCUGAUCGAAGCAAAAUAAGCGAGUCCUGUGAAGAGUGUCAUCUUCCUUGCCAAAAGGAGAGACAACCUGCUUGUCAGCAUCCUUGUCCUCUCCCUUGUCAUUCUGGGGAGUGUCCCUCAUGCAAAGUUCUUAUAAAGCGAUCGUGUCACUGUGGCUCACUGGUACAUGCUUUCGAAUGCAUAUAUUAUAACACCUUGUCCGAGAAAGAGCAAAUGACAAUUCGUUCAUGUGGAGGGCCUUGCCACAGAAAAUUACCGAACUGUACUCAUUUAUGCCCUGAGACAUGUCAUCCUGGUCAAUGUCCGGUGCCUGAUAAGUGUUGCAAAAAGGUUACUGUUCGUUGUAAAUGUCAAACCUUGAAGAAAGAAUGGGUCUGUCAAGAUGUUCAAGCAGCCUAUCGAAAUGCUGGUUAUGACCCUAAAGACAUAUCUAAAAAUCAAUUUGGACUUGGCCUUCUGCCUUGCAAUUCUGAUUGUAAGAGUAAAAUACAGGCUGUUGAAUCAGUGUUGCAGCUGCGUAAAUCUAAAGAGAUUGAGAAGGUGGAGACAGCUAUCGAGAAAAAUGCACCAAAGCGUCGGAGGCGGCGUGACCGUACCCAAGAAGCUAAACAAGCCUCAAAAUUGGAGAAACUCGUUGGCACCGUGAAGCGGCUGCUUCUGUGGCUGACUCUCGUGGCAGUUGUGAUUGCAGCGAUGUAUUAUGGUUACAAUGGCCUCCUUUGGCUUUCUGAUUGGAUGAAUGAAGUUGAUGGACGGAGGCAAAGAAGAAGAUAGCCAUUAGCGUGAAGGUUUCAUACUUCAAUAACAUCCAGAUAUAGACAAAUAUUUAUACAUUAGGAAUUCUUUCUUUCUUUUUUUCAGGAAAUAAUAUGAUUCAACUCCCUAAAUGGGUUGGAGAAGUUAGAAUAUGGGGAAAAAUUUUGGAUGCUAUUAUUACACAGUAAGUUUUAAAGAAUUUCUAUUAUUGUAA